AUGAACCCACAUAGUCGCUACUCGCUCGGCAAAGGCGCGUCCACCGAGCAUAUGAUGCGUCUCGCCCAGCAGGGCAGCACGGGCCACGACGGAAGUGUUCGCAGCCCUUCCAUCGGCGGAGCUGCUGCCAUGCCAGGCGCCGCCGGCCCGCGCAAUUUGCGUCCGAGCUCCGAAAUGCUUCCCAACAUGAACCACCACGGCACCCCUGAAACUGAAGCCAUCGACCGCUGGUUUGAGGAUUUGCAGCACUACGAGGCCACGCUCGAAGAGAUGGCGGCUGCCUCGCUCGAUCAAAACUUCAAGGAAGAGCUCAGCGCCAUCGAGCAGUGGUUCCGCGUCCUAUCCGAGGCCGAACGCACCGCCGCCCUCUACAGCCUGCUCCAAGAGUCGACGCAGGUCCAGAUUCGCUUCUUCAUCACGGUGCUCCAGCAGAUGGCCCGCAGCGACCCGGUAUCGGCGUUGCUCUCGCCCAGCCACCACAACAGCUCGAUGGCCGACCAGAUGGAAGCCAAGCUGGCUAGCCUUGGCCUCAAGUCGCCCUCUGCCAUGAAGGCGCCCGCUUCGCCGGGCAAUCGCGGCUACCGUCAGUCCUCGGACGCUGCCGGCUUCCUCUCGCCCAACGUUGCUGCCAUGUACAGCCCUGGCAACGCGGAUGCCGCAUCGACGCUUGCUGCACAGAGGGCCAAGCUCAAGGCCAACCGCACUUCCGCUCCCGGCACGCUGAUCGGUGAGAGUCGCAACUACUCCGGUGGUCAGCUCGACCAGGUGCAGGAGCGCGGCGGCUCGCCCAACCCUCAGCAACAGCAACAGCGCACGCUCUCCGGUGACCACUCGCGACCCAAGUCGACCGACUUGAGCAACAAUGUCGGCCGUUCUCCCCGCGCCAGUGGUCCGCUCGACGACCAGCUCUCGCCAAUCAGCGCCACCGGCAACUGGUCGAGCAUGGUCAACACGCCGCUCGUGCCUAUGUUUACCGACAACGACAAGGCCGGCUCCGGCGAGGCCAAUGUUAAUCUUGACACUGCUGCCGCUCAGCUUGCCAACCUGCAACAGCAGCAACACCUCGGUGGCAACGGCCGCGUCAUGGUUGAUCCGGAUGUGCCGCGUUACCGACGCAAGAGCAACCAGAACACGGGUGCAGGCGGCUACGGCCAUGGAUCCAACAUGUUUGACCAGUCGAGCCCUGGCGUCUCGCCCAACGUCGGCAUGCAGUCUGGCUGGGGUCAGAAUGACAUCUUUGGUCGUGGCGGUCUCAAUACCGGCCCUUCGGCUUUUGGUGGCAACAACAACAACAACGGCGGCAACCAGUUCAACAUUCCGCCGAUGAGCCCUAACGCGCUUGCGGGCCUGCAGAGCCCCUCGGGUGGUCUUGCCAACCCGCUCAACAUGCAAAUGAUGAACAUGAUGGCUGCGAUGGGCGGGCUCAAUCUCAACAACAUGAACGGCGCCCAGCUGCUCGCCAUGCAGCAACAACUUUUGCAGAAUCAGCAGACGUUGUCGGUGCUUGCCCAGCAGCAACAGAUGCAACAGCAACAGCAGCAACAGCAGCAGCAUGGCCGCAACAUUCGAGCUUUCGGCGGUGGAGCGCUGUCGCCUGGUCUCGGAGGCCAAGCAGGCCGAAAGAGUCCACGCAGCGGCACCUCGCCCUCUGGCCGAGCGGCCGCGCUGCCCGGCUCUUCUGCUGGCGGCAGUAGCGGUGCUGGAGCUGCGGGUGGAGGAGCCAACGCGGCCGGAGGCGAGGAAGAAAUCGCCGAUUUGGCAACACUCGAGGAUGUGCCCGCUUGGCUGCGUCAAUUGCGUCUGCACAAAUAUACCCCGAACUUUGAGACGAGCCACUGGAAGGAGAUGGUAUUGAUGGACGACAAGAAGCUCGAGGACAAGGGCGUGGCGGCGCUGGGUGCGCGACGCAAGAUGCUCAAGACGUUUGAGCUCGUGCGUAAAAAGUACGGCAUUAAGAUGGACGGCGAAGACGAGCCAGGCUCGGGUGUCCCGGGCAGCCACAACGAUAAGGCAGCAGCCGAGGGCGACGAGGCGGGAGAGACCAACGAUGCACAGGAGGUGGACCGCGAACUUGGCGGUGCUGCUUCCAAUUAG